AAAUCUGCUUUAUUUCCCUUCUGCUGCAUGUGCUGGGUGUUUCUCUAUGGAGUAAUUUUUAAAACUUGUUCCCCUGCACGAGGGUGAAGCUGAGGAUGGGCUGUAAAAGUCUCUCUGUGUGCCCUAAGGUGCCCUUUGGGAGGGAGUUAAAUCCUGCACCCCAUAGGCACCAAUUUCUGCUUGGCUGGGCUUUGACUUCAUCAUUGAAGUGCAGUUACGAUGUGAAAUUAAAUCCAUUUUUAGGGGAUUUCUAUCUCUCCCAAAAACACAACAAGGAAACCACGCAGCAGGCAGAGCAAGUGUUCCAGCAAGGCUGAAAUCUCCAAUUUCCAGUGCAGAAAACACCCCAAAGCUCAAGCAUCCAGGGGAGUGUGUUUGUCCUCCUGAGGAGCUUUUUCUAAGAGUCUCCCUCCAACCCCUGAGUGACGAAUCUGAUUUUUUUUUUCCAUGCUGGAUUUUUAUUUUUUUGCUGCCUCCAAACUUAACUGUUUUACCACUGGAGGAAUCCUCUUCUUUCUCUUUUAAAUAUCUGUAUUCUUGCUGGAAAUCAGCUCUACCUCACCCACAUGACUGGUCUUCACUAUUAAUCCCAGCUGAUGGCAGGGAGGGGCUCUAGUGGGAGGCAGCCAUGUGGUGAACAUUGAGCUCAGUGUUUUCCCCCUGCUUCUCUCCUCUCCAGACAGGCAAAAUUGUUCUGUGCUGCCGUGGAUGUGAAGUCCUUGCUGUGCUGCCUCUGCUUUUCUCCCCCAGGAACUCCCAGGGCCCUGAAUUUGCAGCCUCAGAGAUCCCAAAAAAAAAAGCUCUGCCGGAUCUGGAUGGAAGCUGGACCAGGGGAUGAAUAGGAGGGAAGAAAGAGUGAAGUUGGUGAUUUUUCUGGCACAUGGAUGCAAUUACACUCAGUGCAUUCCAGAGGCGUUCCUUUGAAUCCUGUGCAGGUCUGCCUGCCGUCCUUGGGAGAGAGGAAGAAAAAGGGAGGAAAAGUCCCUCUUGGAGACGGAAUGUCUGCAUUUCCAGCCCUCUUCUUAGCUUGCUGUUCUGUUUGGCUGUGCAAGGCUCAGACUGAAUUCAAGAGAGUGGCUGAAGAAAACGUGACCCUGCCCUGCCACCACCGCCUGGGGCUGCUGGAGCAGGGCAGCCUGGACAUCGAGUGGCUGCUGCACAUCUCUGAGACCGUGCAGAAAGCGGUGAUCACCUACUCUGGGGGCCGUGUUUAUGAUGACCUGAACGAGGAGCAGAAGGGCCGAGUUUCCUUCACCUCCAAUUUCCUUGCUGGAGAUGCAUCCUUGCAAAUCAUCUCCCUGCAGUCCAGUGAUGCAGGGAAAUACAUCUGCAAGGUCAAGAACGCUGGGCAGUACGAGUGGGCUCGCAUCACCCUCAAGGUCGUAGAGAAACCCUCCAAGCCCAAGUGCUGGCUGGAGGGGGAGCUGCAGGAGGGGAAGGAGCUGUCCCUGCAGUGCCGCUCCGCCUCGGGCACGGCGCCCAUCUCGUACCGCUGGCAGCGCCUGGGCGAGGAGCAGAGAGCCGAGCAGCUCCCGCCCAGCUCCAGAGUCAACAUCUCGAACCCGGGGCAGGUGCUGCUGAAGAACCUGACUCAGAUGAGCACGGGGCUGUACCAGUGCGUGGCCACCAACGAGGCGGGGCAGGAGAGCUGCGCGGUGCAGGUGACAGUGCAGCAUGCACAAAAUAUCGGCAUGAUCGCCGGGGCAGUGUGUGGAGUGGUGGUGGGGCUCUCCCUGCUUUUCCUGGUGGUGAGGCUGACAAUAAGGAGGAAAGAAAAGAAGAGAUACGAGGAAGAGGAGGCGCCGAAUGAAAUCAGGGAAGACGCCGAGGCCCCCAAGGCGCACCUGGUCAAACCCAGCUCCUCUUCCUCCGGCUCCAGGAGCUCCCGCUCGGGUUCCUCCUCCACCAGGUCCACAGCCAACAGUGCCUCCCGCAGCCAGCGGACUUUGUCCACCGAAGCCACUCCUCACCUGACCCCUCCCCAGUACAGCCAGCGGCAGCCGGACAGGAGAGAGCCGGAGCCCAAGAAAGUGGAUUACAGCACGGCGCUGAGGAUGGGAGCGCCCGCGGUGAUGGUGCCAGCGCAGAGCCGCGCGUUCCAGACCGUGUGAGCAUCCCCGGAGCAUCCCCGGGGCAAACCCGGAGCAUCCCCGGGGCAUCCCCGGGGCAUCCCAGCACCGCACACAGCACCAGCCACUGCGCAUCGCCACGAUAGCCACUUCUCUUCCUGGUCACCUUCAUCUUAAUCACUCGGGAUUACUCACACCACGAGGAGCCCUCCCAUUCAAUUCUUUCUGAACAGCUUCCAGCACUGAGGUUCUGAUACAGACUUGAGAAAGAGGGGAAGGAAGUUCCUUUCUAAAUUAUCUUUUUUUUUUUUUCUCCUUUGAAAAGGGAACACUGAGCAUUUAAAACCUACGAAGGGUGAAGUAUACUUCAGGCUUUACAAGUGAAAAGAAGCCAAACCUCAGGAUUUUUUAAAAGGGAUCAACAGAGACUUCAAGAUGCAUAAUAUUCCAGAGAGGUUUUGUGGGGAGGGAGAAGUCUCUUGGACUGGUUUUGGAGAAGUUUCUCAAGAUGUGUUGUCUUAAGUGAAGAUUUUGAGGCUGAGGGUGUCCAGUCUCAAAGGGAACUGACAGGUGCUUCACAUUUUCUGCAUUCAAUGAAAUAAAUACUGGAGGCUGCAAUUAAAAUGGAAAUUAAAGGAUCACUCCUGAAGGACAAGAGAUGCAGCAUUAAGGUGUCUGAACUAAACUCUGGACUAAAGAGAAAGGACCUUUUCUGUCAAGAAAACAGAGGUGCUUUAAUUGCCAGAACAAACUUAGGGCCAGGGGCCUGACUCUGCUUCCAUGUGCAGCACUGCAGAGCCACAGGAGCCCCUCUGGAGGGGUGGCUGUGGCUGAUGAGCCUUAGAGAGAGGAGAACUGGGCACUGAACCCAGCAGGAAGGCACUGCCCACCUGGGGAGGGCACCAGUGUACCAAAAACCUGGGUGGAGUGUUUGGGAAAGCUCUGGGUUAUUGCCAGUGUUGAACUGGCCAGGUUUGGCCAAUGGAAAGUUCUUUCCAAGACUGAACAAACAGUCUGAGCUGACCCCAGGGAAAGCCUGAAGGAUUCCCUGGCAGAGGAAAUCAUACCUGGGACAGGUAAACAGGCACAAAAUGCUGCUGCCAUUAGGAAAUCUUGGUGUGUGUUGUCCCACCCUACACCAAACACUGGGCCAUGUGCCAGAGCUGAGGCUUCAACCUUUAGCAGGACUCUUUAAAAAUUGCAAGAAUUGUAAAAAAAAUUAUUUUUUGUGAGCAACCAGGUUAAACAUUUCCACAAAUUAUGAAAUUAGGAAAGGAUGGGAGGUAGGGACAGAUGAGGAAUUCUGUCACUGGUAUUUUCCUCUGAAGGACUUGGCUCUGAUCACUGCCACACACAAAACACUGAGCUUGUAGGUUCUAGAUUCCUGCAUUCCUCGACUGGUGAUUUUCUAUUUAAGAAAUUAGGGUGUUUGGGUUUUUUCCCCCACUUAAGGGAAGGAAAGGGUUUCUCCAAUUUGUGAAAAAGCCUACAGAAGAUGGAUGAGCACAGAACCACCACAGAUCUCUAAUUCUUUCACUCCAGGACUGUCAUUCUUUUCCUUUUCUGACUGAGACUCAGAAUUCUAAUUUCUUUACCUGAGAUCUUUGACAACCUGAUCAAAGCCAAGCCCUGCUCGGGCUACUUCCACAUGGGAAAGAGUUUUCAAACUUGCCCACACUAUGUGAGAACUCUUCCUGAGAGCAGCCAAAAUUCCAUUGCUUUCUCUAGCACAGAUUUAACCCUUGGCAGGACAAAUUCCUGAUGCUGUACAGGGAAAACAACCCCAGUUUUAAAUAAAGGGACCUGGAAUGAGGUGUUGGAUGCCAGUGCUGGGGGUGGAUUUCUGUCACCUCACCUGGAUGCUCCAGGAGCAUAUCCCUGCCUCAGCUGGGUGUGAAGCAGCAGCUCUGUGUGUCUGUGAUUCCUCUGCAGUUGUUUUUUUUUUCCUGAGCUCCAAAGAUGCUCCAAAGCACUUCCAAGCCACUCCAGAGUUGGGAAAAUUCCAAAAGCAGGAACAGGAUGGUGAAAGCAGCUUGUGGGUUCUUCUGUGUUGAAAGUUCCCUGUGCUGCACCUGAGGAUCCUCACCCUGCACACAGAGCCCCAGCAGUGCCUGAGCCUCCAGGAGCUGCUCAGCACAAACCCAGGGUGACAAUUCCAGCAGCUGAGCUGGCCCAAGGCCCUGGGCAGUUUUGAGUCACAGCCCGGGCUGGUAAUUAGCAGAGAGGAGGCUCUGCAGCCUGCAGGGAGCAGAAUUGGCCCUGGCAGGUUUUCCUGGAGCCUCUGGGCAGCCCUGGCAGGUUUUCCUGCUGUGAAACCACUCCUUGUGCUCUGAGCUGUCUGAGGCACAGCCUGAGAGCUUUGGGAGUUGUGGGGAAGGUCAGGCAGUGCCUGAAGCUGCUCUGGGGGUCCAUCCUGGCUGCUCCAAGCCCUGCUGGAAUUUCCCAGCCCUACUGGGAUGCAGGCACUGCCCAGGUAUCACCUUCAGCCCACAUCAGUGAUUCACAGGGAAGGGAAAGUUCAUCACCCAAAGGGAACAGGAGAAAGGAUCAUUCCAAAGGUUUUCCAAGCUCCAGCUGAUCAGGAGUUGCACAAGGGAAGCAAAUAAGCCAAACCCUGUUUUGUAAAAUAGUGUGUUAAAGCAUUUACUGUCAUAUACCAGCUAUUACUUGUGUGAUUAAAUGCCUACCAUGUUAUGUAGCUUUUUGUUUCUCAGCAGCUAAACUAAGCUUCCAUCUCUGCUACCUGCUAUGAUUGGUGUACUUGUACUGUGUCUGAACAACUCAGAGAAAAGCAAAUAUUUAUUAUUGAUUCCUUUGAAUCAAUGAUUUAAUAAUUUUUUUUGGUUGGUUGUUUUAUAAAUAAAGGUGCUGCAGCUGAAGUGCUGCAGCUCAACUCAA